UCUGGUUGAGGAGCGCGUGGUGUUGUGUGCAGAAUCGCCGUCUGGAACGCGCUUACUUUUGAGCGUGGUGCGCGUGUGGAGUCCCGGUAAACAGUUGGUAGUGAUGUUGAUCAAGACUGAUGCCAGCAUGAUUGGCAGGUGGCCACGCCUCUGGCCAGUGAUGUCACUGGCACUGCUGUGGGUGGGAUCAGUGGAGGCUGGUUCAGACUGCAGGUCUGUCGCCAUAGAGACGGAUAGUCGCAUAGCAGAACAGGCGCAACAGCGGCACCUGCAGGCGCUGUUUGAUAAGUACGGUCAGAAUGGCAGUAUCUCGUUAGAAGGCUUGUACAACCUACUAAAGGGGGUGGGGCUGGACCGCAUCCGGAAAGUAAUGGUGCAUCACCAUGGAAAUGACCACAUACAUACACACUCGCAUGCUCACACACAUGCACAUGUGGACAAACUCACCACAAACAUGCAUCCUGUUACAAGCAAGAAGGUUGAUGUUUACCAUAAUGUAGAAAAGAGUGACCCUGUCCCGAAAGCGCAGCCUGAUCCCGCCCUUGGGAAGAAGAGCCAAUCAGAUGCACACCUCAAUCUUUACAUGAAGAUGAAUCAGGAACUGACUACACCUUUGACCACACCGUCAUACGUCACAAAGUCACGGCGGACUAAUCGUAGUGUUGACUAUGAUUUAACGCAGGACCACGCCCCAUUUAAUCCUGCCCAGCCUAAUGUAACACACACUAACCACACCCACCAGCCUGAGGACACACCCACCCAUGUUCACGAUGACCAUGAUGAGCACGAACAUGGCCAUGCCAGUCUAGAGUGUCAAAAUGGCUCCACAGUCCUGCAGUCACAUGGCAUGACAAAGGAAACAGGUCUCUCUGUCAAGGAUUUCAGUUACCUGUGCCCUGCCCUUCUCAUGCAGAUUGAUUCCAAGUCUUGUCUCCUGCAUGAUGAUGACCAAUCAGAUCAUCACCAUCAUCACAACCACCACCACCAUCAUCAUCACCAUCCACACAAUCACACCAAUGGCAAAAGUCAGAGGAUUUCCUCCCUUAGCAUUGCAUGGAUCGGAGGCUUUCUCUCCAUCACUUUGAUCAGUUUGCUGGCAUUGGUUGGCGUGGUUUUGAUUCCACUCAUGAACAGAGUUUGCUUCAAUUUCCUGCUAAGCUUCCUGGUGGCCCUCGCAGUGGGCACUCUUAGCGGAGACGCUCUCCUCCACCUCAUACCGCAUUCACUGGGCCAUCACCAGCACAGCCACUCAGAGCAUCAUAACCAUGGAGAAGAAGAGGACUCCCUUCGGCCUGUGUGGACAGGGCUGACAGUGCUGAGCGGAGUCUACGUCAUGUUUCUUAUCGAGCACUUCCUGACCCUCGGCAAAAUGUAUAAAGACAAAAAACAAAAGGUGAUGAAGAUGGUGGAUCUAGAAGCAGAGGUUUUGGAAUCUGAGAAACUGCCAUCACUGGAGGAAAAUGAUGUCAAAACACUUGAAGCUUCUGAAACAAAUGGAGGCAGCGCGUGUGUGCGGGGUGUGGCAGAGGAAGAGGAAGUGAUGUUGGGGGCAGAGCUCUACACCGACCUGGACUGUGAGAACAAAUGCCACUCCCACUUUCAUGAUACCGUUGGCCAGUCAGAUGAGCAACAUCAUCAUCACCAUGACUACCAUCACAUACUACAUCACCAUCACUCACAGAACCAUCACCCUCACACACACACUCAUAGACACACACACUCCUACUCGCAACAACACUUCCAGCAGGCUGGCGUGGCCACACUCGCCUGGAUGGUCAUCAUGGGAGAUGGACUUCACAACUUCAGUGACGGACUUGCCAUAGGCGCAGCAUUCACAGAAGGAUUAUCCAGUGGCCUUAGUACCUCAGUUGCUGUAUUCUGCCACGAGCUUCCUCAUGAGCUGGGUGAUUUUGCUGUCUUGCUGAAGGCUGGUAUGUCAGUACGACAGGCCAUUCUGUACAAUCUGCUGUCGGCCCUGAUGGGAUAUCUGGGCAUGAUCACGGGUAUUCUGAUUGGUCAUUACGCUGAGAAUGUUGCCAUGUGGGUCUUUGCUCUCACUGCUGGAUUAUUUAUGUAUGUAGCCCUUGUAGACAUGGUACCGGAAAUGUUGCACAAUGAUGCAAGUGAAGCGGGUUUCAGUCAUUAUGGUUUCUUCCUCCUGCAGAAUGCAGGGAUACUCCUGGGCUUCGGCAUCAUGCUUGUCAUCGCUGUUUUUGAACACAGGAUACAACUCGACAUUGGUUUCUGACUUGAUGACUGUACAGUCAUACCUUCUAUAAGUCUCUAUAUAAAUUGUUCUCUGUGAUAUGUAACCCUAAUCCUCACUCAUCCAGGGUCCAUCUGUUGACAUGCCUGGGAUAUUGCAUAGUCUGUGAACAGGUGGCAGCAGCUCAGUAUUUAUAAGUAAUUGUCAUUUUAUUUGUGGCUUAAGGGGGGAUUUAUUUAAAAGAAUUGCCUGUUACAAUUUCAGUAUAAAAGAGAAACUUGCGCCAUAAUGUAGGGUUUUUAUUGAUUUGUUUACGCAGUGUUUAUGUUGAUUGUUACGCAGUGUUGUACAGUAGUUGCUUAAGUGAGUAAUGUGUUUGUUCAUUCUUAAUAUGCUGUCCCACCAACAUUCCAGUAAAUGUGUCCCACAAUA